UUCAGGCUGGCCAAACUAUACCCCAUCAUAGACUCUAUACAGCAUCAAAAAGGCUUCAUAAGGGUCAGAACUCGAAGCAAAAAGAGAGAAAACAUGACAGUGACUAAGAAUCGAGCCUAAGACCAGUAUGGGAACUUGAGGCCCUAUGACCAUUGAGCUAAGCUUCUCAAUUGGGUCAACGAAGUUCAACAAAGUAAUAUAUCGACAAAAAUCAGAAUUCACCUUUGGCGGAAGCAGGUUCAUCACCAUGGCUCCGCCCCUGAAUUUCUAAUUAUAAUUUAUAGUAUAUAAUUGUAAUUAAGGUUAAAUAAUCCGAUUUCAAUUUCAGAGAGAGACCCUAUUAUUGUUGAGUUUAUUAAUGGAGGAGCUUAUUGAUGAUGUGAAGCAUUGGAUUGCUAUGCUUUGGAGUCUUGUGUCAACCCUUUUCCAGCGUUACUUUGAUACUGCGGACUUGGCAAUUACUCAUGCUCUUGGGGUUACUUGGAGUAUUGUAUCAUACCCUUACUACAGGAUCUCAAGUGUUUACCAGCAUUACUUUUUGGAUAAAAUCAGUCCUUAUGGCCUGUAUAGGUGGAUUGUAACUGCUGCCUUGGCUAUCCUUUAUGGUCUUAGGGUUUGUGUUCGAGGAUUCUACCCAGGCACAUAUUUAGUGUUGUUCCACUUCUCUGGAAUUCUCUGUAAAUUUCUGUCCCCUCAUGGACUACCUGAUCCUGAUGAUGAUGGACCUGUCUUGCCAAUUAAAGGUCCUCUCAUUCGUCAACUUCCCGAGUUUAACUUCUGGUAUGCCGCAUCAAUAGAUCUCUGUCUGGUAUUUACCAUGACUUUUUUUCCCGUAGUUGAUGUUGAAGGUUGCUGGCCUCUCGUUUUUAUUGCCUGGUGUCUAGUAUACGGCUAUAAAAUGGUUGGUGUAAUUUUCAAGUCGAAGAGAUACAAAUACAACCCAUUUACCCUUAAAGAGCAGAAAGUGGCUGGAAAAGGACACCAGGAAGUGGCAGCAGCACCUGUGAAAGGACAUCAGGAUGUGGCAGCAGCAUCUGGAAUACUGAUUUCUGUUUAAGACCAAAUGGAGUAGGAAAUAGGAAAAAACAACGCAGAAAUCCUUUUUAGUUGGAGCAAUCUAUCCCCUGUGAAUGAUGUUAUCCCCCUCUUAGAUUUCAUUGGCUCCCUCUCAGUGGCUUAGCAGCCUUGAUUUUUGAAACUCCUAGCUCUUAUUAGUUUUUUUGCAGUGUCUGGAGUUUUUAACCUUUUCUUUGUAAAGCUUUUUGCAUCUGCUUGAUGCUUUUGAAUAUAACAGCUUAUUUCAUCAAAAAACAACGUUGAAACUAUAAUGGAAUUGCUACAUGUAAAUAUAGUUAAAUGGAUACAUUGUAGUUUUCACGGUCUUUAUAAUUAUUCCCCAUAA